AUGUUGCUGUGCUCUCUACUCAGCACACUGGCCUGGGGUCCUAGCUCUGUUUUCCUUAUUCUGCUCCUUCUGCUUGGACUGACUGUGCGGAUCUGGCAGAGGUCUCAUCCCUGGGACAUCCAGCAAUGCUUCACAGACCUGACUGGGAAGACAGCAGUGGUGACUGGGGCCAAUAGUGGUAUUGGAAAGGCUGUGUGCCAGGAGCUGGCUCGUCGUGGGGCCCGUGUGAUCCUCGCCUGCAGGAAUCGAGAGCAUGGACAGCGAGCUCUGGCUGAGAUCCAGGCAGCCUCAAACAGCAAUCAGCUGCUGCUUGGUGAGGUGGACCUUAGCUCUCUGGUCUCCAUCCAGAGCUUUGCCCAGUGGCUUCUGCAGAAAGAGCCUGAGAUACACCUGCUGAUAAACAAUGCUGGCAUCUGUGGAAUCCCCCAUAACACACUUACUCCAGAGGGCCUGGAUGUCACCUUUGCCACUAACUAUGUUGGGCCCUUUCUGCUCACAAAUCUACUUCGAGGGGCUCUACAGAAGGCAGGGUCAGCUCGAGUGGUGAACGUGUCUUCCUCUCAGCAAGUACAUGGGUACAUUGAUGGGGAGCACCUGACAGGGGCUGGUGGACCUUUGACAUUCAACCAGAACUAUUGCUGCAGCAAACUGAUGUUGAUCUCAUUCACUGCAGAGCUUGCUCGGAGACUUCAAAGGACAGGUGUGACUGUGAACUCUGUGCACCCGGGUAUUGUAUAUACAAACAUCAUGAGGAAUUUACCUUGGAAAUACCGCUUCCUGUUCUUGCUCUUCAGCUUCUUCAUCAAGGAUCCCAAGCAAGGUGCAAUGCCAGUCCUCUACUUGAGCUUGGCACAGGAGCUGGAUGGCAUUUCUGGAAAAUAUUUUAACAGUUCCUGUGUGAUAACUCUUCCCACUAAACCAGCUCAGGAUCCUCAAGUGUCCAAAAGCCUGUGGAAUGCCACAGCCCAACUAACAAACCUGGACAAGACUGACUGA